AUGCCGGAUCACAUAGUAGUCCUCGGCGCGGGCGUAAUCGGCCUGCAAACGGCGCUGCACCUCCUGCGCACUUCGCAGCGUCCACAGGUGACUCUCAUCGCCGCGCACUUCCCUGGCGACUGGUCGCUCUCGUACACCUCGCCGCGGGCGGGCGCGCACUGGCGCAGCCAAAGCGCGGACCCAUUCGUGCAGCGCGCCGACCGGGAGACGUACGAAUCCUGGCUGUCCCUGUGCUCCCACGCACCCGCGGCGGCGGAAACGGGACUCGCGCUGACCCCAUCGUAUUAUUACUGGGAGGAGCACACGGACGAGACGGUGGAUGACUUCAAAGCACUCGUGUGGAAACACUACGUGAAGGACUUUAGGGUCCUGGAAUCACAGGAGCUCCCUGACGGCGUGUGCUGCGGCGUGCAGUAUACUACUUUUGCUAUCAAUCCGGUAAGGUAUAUGCACUACUUGCUGGAGAGGUGUAGAGAGUUGGGCGUGGUGACGGUGAGGGGGGAGGUAGCCUCACUCGAGGAGUGUUUUGGGACGGAUGUGGAUGUGGUUGUGAAUUGUACGGGCAUGGGCGCGAGGAUCCUGGCGGGGGACGAAAAGGUGUAUCCUAUUAAAGGACAGACGGUGCUGGUGCGGGGCGAGUGUCGGGCGGUGAAGUUCAGGAAGACCAAGAGUGGGUGGCAGGAUGCAGUGCUCAGGAGGCCGGGGGAGGGGACGAUUCUGGGGGUUUCGAAGGAUAAGGAUGAUUGGAGCGACAAUGUCGACCUAGACUUGACCGAGAUGAUUCUGGAGCGGUGUAAACUGCUUGCACCGGAGCUGCUGGUGGACGGAAAGUUCGAUGUUAUUCAAUCGCAGAUUGGCCGGCGGCCGGCCCGGAAAGGCGGGAUUCGUAUCGAGAUCGAGCCGGUCAAUGUAGGCGGGCGGGAAAGGAUCAUCUGCCAUCACUAUGGCCAUGGCGGUACAGGGUAA